AUGCGCCUCCGAAUAAUUCUCCUUUAUUUGUUUGUCAUUCUAUUGAAGAACAAUCGGGUGGAUUGCAGUCCUAGGCAUUCUAAACAUAGGCACCGUCUAAAGAUAGAUUGGCCGGAGAAGAGACUCGAUAGACAGCGAGAGGAGUCGAUAGGAGAGGCGGGACAGAGUGCAGAGGGCGAUCCACACUUGGAAAAGUCGGAAGCCCAGGACAGAUCUGAAGAGGAAGACUCGAGAGGAACCGUGGACCUGGAGGAGAUGAUAGCCAGAGCUGGAAGCGAUGACGCGUUACUCUACGACCUAGAUGACGUAGAGUUGAGAGUUAACUUUGAA